CGCAAACUUGCUUGACAGCUCACACUCUCCCAGUACCCAAUUCAAAUAUCCGAUAAAUAAAUUUAAAGAUAUCCACACCCGAAAACCAGACCCCCUUCUCCCAUCUCAGACUCGUGAUCAGAGGGUCUUGUCGGACGAUACCGAGCAUUGGAUUCGUCUUAGAAGACCCACAGCCAUUUCAAACUCUCACAAGUUAAACAGGAAAGUUUAUGGUGUUUCUAUGUUCCCCACUCUCGCUACUACUACUGUUGUCAGCUCUCGUGCUAUUAGGUAUAGUUUGGUUCUUAAAGCAAAAAGAAGAGGCAGAGAAGCCCAUCACAACAGCUGCUUCUCCCGUUAAAGCUGCAGCCUUUGGCCACCAUACUUCUUGCCCAAGCAAAGAGGUCCCUCGAGAUCACAACCACCACCGGCGGCCCAUGGCUGAAGACUCCAUGCCCACCGUUGACGUCGACUCCGCCCACCACUGGCUGUCCCGAGCUCGGCAGCUCGUCCCCACCGCUCUUGACAAAGCCCGGGCGGCCACUGGCUUCCCCAGGCGCUGGAAAGCCAUCAUCUCCAAGCUGGAGCGUGUCCCGCCGUGCCUCUCCGAUCUCUCCAGCCACCCUUGCUUCGCCAAGAACGCCCUCUGUAUAGAACUCCUCCAGUCGGUGGCGAAUGCGCUUGCAGAUGCCAUCGAACUCGCCGACCGCUCGUCGGAGCAGCCCUGCAUCGGAAAGCUUCAAAUGCAGAGCGACCUCGACGCGCUCUCCGGCAAGCUCGAUCUCAGCCUACGUGACUGUUCCCUUCUGAUCAAGACUGGCGUUCUCGGUGACGCCACCCUGCCUCCGGCAGCUGCGCGCAGCCACGAGUCUUCCACCCCACCUCAGUCCAAUGUAUGUGAAUUGCUCGCCCGCCUUCAGAUCGGCCAUGCGGAGGCCAAGCAUCGCGCAGUCGAUGGUCUGCUCGAGUUGAUGAGGGAGGAUGAGAAGAGUGUGCUUGUAGUGCUUGGCCGGAGCAAUAUAUCCGCCCUUAUACAAUUGCUCACAGCAACGGCUCCUAAGCUCAGAGAGAAAACCGCAACGGUUAUUUGCUUGCUCGCCGAGUGCGGGAGCUGUGAGAACUUGCUAGUAUCCGAAGGUGUGCUCCCACCGCUGAUCAGGCUGGCGGAGUCUGGGAGUCCGGUAGGGCGGGAGAAGGCGGUGGUGUCUCUCCAGAGGCUGUCCAUGUCGGUCGACACUGCCCGCUCGAUCGUCGGUCAUGGUGGCGUUCGCCCACUGAUCGAAAUCUGCCAGAUAGGGGACUCCAUUUGCCAGUCGGCAGCUGCAGGCACUUUGAAGAAUCUCUCAGCCGCACCCGAAGUGAGGCAGACUUUGGCUGAAGAGGGGAUAGUUAAGGUCAUGAUCAAUCUCCUGGAUUGUGGAAUUGUUUUGGGUUCCAAAGAGUAUGCCGCUGAGUGCUUGCAGAAUCUGACAGCCAGCAAUGACAGUUUGAGGAGGUCGGUUAUCCUGGAGGGAGGGCUGAGGAGCCUUUUGGCCUACCUUGAUGGGCCAUUGCCCCAGGAGUCUGCCGUUGGUGCGGUGAGGAAUCUGGUGGGCUCGGUCUCGGCUGAAGCUCUUGUGUCACUAGGCCUCCUUCCUCGAUUGGUACAUGUGCUGAAGGAUGGAUCUUUAGGUGCGAAACAGGCGGCGGCAUCAACCAUUUGCAGGAUAUCCAGUUCGUCUGAGAUGAAGAAAUUGAUCGGAGAAUUUGGUUGUGUGCCUUUGCUUGUGAGGAUGCUCGAGACGAAGUCGAACGGUGCAAGGGAGGUGGCAGCCCAGGCCAUUGCUACCUUGAUAAGCUACCCUCAGAACAGUAGGGAGGUUAAGAAGGAUGAGAAGAGCGUGCCCAGUCUGGUUCAGUUGCUCGAUCCCAGCCCACAGAACACGGCGAGGAAGUAUGCUAUAUCGUGCCUCUUAAUUCUAUCAUCGGGCAAGAGAUGUAAGAAGUUGAUGAUUUCUUAUGGUGCUGUUGGGUAUCUUAAGAAGCUCUCCGAAAUGGAUGUGGCUGGUGCCAGGAAGCUGCUUGAAAGGUUACAAAGAGGGAAAUUAAGGAGUUUCUUCAGUAGGAAAUAGGUUGUAGUGCUUUCUCCUUGGCACAAUGUGCUGCACUUAUCUUCCUGUUUCACCGUCUCUAUGAAACAAAGUGCUGAAGCUGUGAAACUGAAUUGUAAUGCUUUCUUUUUAACUUGAGAUGUAAUAUACCUUGUUACCUUAAGCUUAGCUUUUCUAA